UUAGCAGAACUAGUCAGUAGAGCCAAGGCGUUUAGCUACCGAAUUUUGCUGUUUGAUUUAUUGGACACUAAAUGGUACAUAGUUUCAUAGUCGGAAAGGAAAUUAAGGGGAUUUUACAUAAUAGUUUUCUGUUCUUUCAAAAUACCUUUGCAGACAUUUUAGUAGCGACUACCCUACCCGGAAAUGAGGGGUGCAGCUUUGCACAUGGUCGUUCUGCUGUUGCUGGCCCUGCAACAAACAUGUUCAACCCACCCAGUGUUUUUAUAUGCACGCGUUGGCCAGUCCAUCACCCUCCCCUGCAGUGGAGAGCCCAAUAGGGUUGUGGAAUGGUAUUUUCAACAGCCUGUGCUCCCUGAUUGGCUGCUUGUGGCCAAACUCCACAAUGGAUCCAUUUCCCCAGGACCUGGCUUCCAGGAACGGGUGAAGUCCAUCUGUGAGGAGCAGCCAGGAAACUAUAGCCUGGUCCUCAGUCCUGUGAGGUAUGAUGACCUAGGCAUUUACGAAUGCCGGGACAAGGAUGGGUCCAUUCUUUCAGAUGUGAAGCUACAAAUUUCUGUCCCAGUAAGUGUUUCCAUAGCGGUGGGAAUGUCUGCCAGUCUGCCUUGCUAUGGGGGCAUUAGUAAACGAGCGCAUGCUGUUGAUCUGGAUAUCCUCUGGAAAAAAGAUGGAAAGAUGGUUUACCAGCUAUAUAACAACACCAUCACCUAUGGGCCCGGGUUCGAGAGCAGAGCUUCAGUUUCCCCAGAACAGGCUCUCCAUGGAAACAUGUCUCUAACCAUCAAACAGACACAGUUUUCAGAUCAAGGUGACUACCAGUGCUCCUACAGCAGUCCAAAAGAGAGAGGGACCCCAGAUUCUGCCAGGCUCCAUGUUACAGACCACCCACCCCAGAUCCUCACAGUGAAGGCUGGAGAAGAGCUCUCCAUACGGCUCCGUACCACAGACCCAGUGAGGGUAACAUUCACAGGCCCUGGUCUGGACGAGGUGCUGAUGGCCGACUCUAACAAAGACCCAGUCACAUAUGGGGAGCACUGUGGUCAGAGAUGUGAGGUUCUGGGCCAGGAAAACAUCUUUCUGCUGAGGCGUGUAACACCGGAGGAUGCCGGGGUCUACACAGUGACUGAUUCUGAGACCAACAGGACCAUCAGCAUCGUCUUUCUACAAAUCUCAGGCCUGCCUCCCUCUACAGGAAAGACUACAGUAGCAGUGUAUUUGAUCGUGUUGACAGUGGUCUUUGGUUGUUUCGGCUCCAUUGGCCUUGCAGUCUGGAUGUACUGCAAAAACAGAUGAGAGGCUAACAGACGAAUGGCUGUACAGGGAAUCACAUACCAACCAGCCGCAGUGGAAGACCCUGCAGCAGCAGAACUGCAGCAGCCUGAAGUCCCUGAGCCCUCUCUCUCCCAGCUUGCUGACCCCCAAAACCCUCCUGUCCAAAACGGAUCCUACAGAACCCCAUCUCCCUGUGUCCAAAACGGAUCCCACAGAACCCCAUCUCCCUGUGUCCGAAAUGAAUCCCACAGAACCCCAUCUCCCUGUGUCUGAAACGGGGCCUUCAGACCGGACUGAAGUGCAGGAGAAGAAGAGCAAAGAGGUGCAGGGGUCUUGGCCAUGGUCAAUGAACGACUGAGGCAGAGGGAGAGUGACAGAUGGACGUCCCGUGACGUGGUUGACGAGAAUGGCUGCCAUCCCCGCUUGUAACUUGCUUCAAAACUCGACAAAGAGCCCAAACCUAUUUUAAUUAUUUUGUUAAAAAGUAGAGUGCAAUAAUGCCAAAUAGCACUAGAAACAACGCAAACUCCUCUAAAUCUGGGGGGGAGAAGCCUAGCGAAGUGGCUAAUCUAGCUAACCAGAAGAAGCUAACAUUCCCUCGUGUUGAACCUAACGUUAACAUUGUUGAUGGCCAUGUUGAUAAAGUUGGUUCCUUCCCAAAAGAAGCGGGCGAAGAGCUCGCAAAACUUAAUUCUAAUUCUAAUUCUAGAAAAGUCUGAGGCCCACGACAACAAACUAGAGGCUAUUCGGCUGACCACAAGUGCAACAGACGGCAAAUUAGCUGAUAUUGCCAACCGCAUUUCACGGACCAAGCUGAGUGUAUUUCAAGCGUCAUGUUUUGCAGACGCAAUUUAGUUGUGUGUAAUUUUAUUGUGUUUAUUGUGUUACACCCAGUGUAAGUUUUAUUGUUGUGUGUUAUUUAGUUUAUUUUUGUGUGGUGAUGUUAUGUAUUAGGU